AUGCUUGCUGUCAGAAGAUUAACAAGAUAUACAUUCCUUAAGCGAACGCAUCCGGUGUUAUAUACUCGUCGUGCAUAUAAAUUUUUGCCUUCAAGAUCUGCUUCCCCAAGAAGAUCAUUAUUACAAAUACAACUGCGCUCAAAGAUGACUGCUCAUACUAAUAUCAAACAACACAAACACUGCCACGAGGACCAUCCUAUAAGAAGAUCGGACUCUGCCGUGUCGAUUGUACAUUUGAAACGUGCGCCCUUCAAAGUCACAGUGAUCGGUUCUGGUAACUGGGGGACCACUAUCGCCAAAGUCAUUGCAGAAAACACAGAAUUGCAUUCUCAUAUUUUCGAGCCAGAGGUGAGAAUGUGGGUUUUUGAUGAAAAGAUCGGCGACGAAAAUCUAACAGAUAUCAUAAAUACAAGACACCAGAACGUUAAAUAUCUGCCUAACAUUGAUCUGCCCCAUAACCUAGUGGCCGAUCCUGAUCUUUUGCAUUCCAUCAAGGGUGCCGAUAUCCUUGUUUUCAACAUCCCUCAUCAAUUUUUACCAAACAUAGUCAAACAGUUGCAAGGCCACGUGGCUCCUCAUGUAAGGGCCAUCUCAUGUCUAAAAGGGUUCGAGUUGGGCUCCAAGGGCGUCCAAUUGCUAUCCUCUUAUGUCACUGAUGAAUUAGGAGUUCAAUGUGGUGCACUAUCUGGUGCAAACCUGGCACCGGAAGUGGCCAAGGAGCAUUGGUCCGAAACUACCGUGGCUUACCAACUACCAAAGGAUUACCAAGGUGAUGGUAAGGAUGUAGAUCAUAAGAUUUUGAAAUUGCUGUUCCACAGACCUUACUUCCACGUCAAUGUCAUCGAUGAUGUCGCUGGUAUAUCCAUUGCCGGUGCCUUGAAGAACGUUGUGGCACUUGCAUGUGGUUUCGUAGAAGGUAUGGGAUGGGGAAACAAUGCCUCUGCAGCCAUUCAAAGGCUGGGUCUAGGUGAAAUCAUCAAGUUCGGUAGAAUGUUCUUCCCAGAAUCCAAGGUCGAAACCUACUAUCAAGAAUCUGCCGGUGUUGCAGAUUUGAUUACCACCUGUUCAGGCGGUAGAAACGUUAAAGUUGCCACAUACAUGGCCAAGACCGGCAAGUCGGCCUUGGAAGCAGAAAAGGAACUACUAAACGGUCAAUCCGCCCAAGGUAUAAUUACAUGCAGAGAAGUCCACGAGUGGCUGCAAACAUGUGAGUUGACCCAGGAAUUCCCAUUGUUCGAGGCAGUGUACCAGAUAGUCUACAACAACGUCCGCAUGGAAGACCUACCGGAGAUGAUUGAAGAACUAGACAUCGAUGACUAA